GGCGCACCAGUUGGCGAUUUCAGAGCCAAGUGCCCAGACUACUGAUUUGGCGUUGGUGCGGACGGAACUGUGGUGGAACAAGCCGGCUGCCAGUCAGUCAUUCACGUCCGUGAGUAGAGAUGCAGAUAUCGCCAACACAAUCGUGACUUGACAAACACUUGACUCGGGACUUUGAUGUUCAACUUGGCUACGAUUGUCUCUUGUCCAAAGCAGUUAGACCCAGCAACACCCUAGCCAGGCCACGCGUUCCCCUGCUAAGCGGCCCCAUACUCCGCGUGCCAAGACAGUUCGUCAGCGGGGAGAUCAACCAGUUUCCACUGUUUCGCAGCAAACAGUCAGUGCAACUCUCCAGUGCACCUGAACAUCUCGAAUGAAGAUCUGGCAAAGCAGUCAUAGCUGGCCACCGAGCCACCUCUCCCGAAGGCCUCUCUUUAUGAAAACCAUGUUGGGACUCCUCCGCCCGAAUAGUACCCGCUCCCCGAUGUCCUCGGUUCCGAACAUCUACAAACACCCAAGCGACUAACGGCAAACCUGACACUGGCCUUUUUACCAUAAAUUGGCCCUGCCAUCCCCAAGCAAUCAAACCUGCAGUAUAUAUUGCUCUUGCGGUUGGGACACCGGGCGCCGCAUUCACACCCAAAUGGAUUCCUCUGACGAUUGGGGCGGUUUUGGCCUCAAAGCCAUACCGCGAUUUCACUAGCUCGGGACUCGAAUCAUUAUCUGGAACUGCUAUGGGACUUGAAACUGUUUCGUGGGGUUGGCACUCAUCAGUGUUCAAAAGACAAGUACCUCGACACGCACCCUAGCUUUGCAUCACACUCAGGCGGCUCUUUUCAAUAGAGUAACAUCAUGAUAAGCUUAUGAUGCCAAUGUUGGGGAACUCCGACAGGCCCACUAGGCAAUAUAUUUCAAAGUCUUGUCCUGACCGUUGUCCAGAUCUCAAAAGAAAGAAAACAAGAGUUUCUCAGCAGGUCACAGUGCCGUGGUGAGCCAACCAAUACCAAUCCUUGUCAGUCGCCAUUCAACAUCCACUCAAGGAGAACACCAAUGGUGGGUAGGCAAUAUUCUCGGUCUUGUCUGUCUUAAUACCCAUCGCUACUCGACCGGGCAAGCCGAUCCCAGUCGUCUUGCAGAUGGUCGAGCGGCCCGUAAGCUCUGUACCAUGCCCGGGAGCCGGAACGGAAGCUACAAAAAAAAGCCAUGUCUUCUCCUCAAUCCCAUAUUGUCUUGCUCUCAACCACAAUACUCAUCGCCCCUUACGGAGCUACGGAAUGAUUCAUAAGAGUCUUUCUCUUCAGGACAUAAGGCUGCCCAGCAAAUGCUAUUCGGAGCUCCGGGCCUCGGCGGGUGCUGGGUCUGUUGUUCUGGCGGUUGGAAUAUAAAAACACAGACCGGGAGUGUCAGCCAAGGUGUAAUGGAGCAUGCAGUGCAACCGAUGGCACAAGGUACAAUACCAUGAACCCCAGCACCGGCAACGGUGUGCUAGGUUGGUAAAGCGCUGCGAUAAGUGUCAGUAGACCACCACCCCUGUGCCAAGGAACGAGCCAAGCCAUAAACAAGAUGCAGGGAUUGCAACUGUCCUUUUGCAUAUUACAACACACUCUCAUUGUAUCGGUCUUGUGUAUGUAGCAGUCGCCCAAGAGCCCGCGAGGUAGAGCCGUCUCGGCCUUUUUUUCUGCGCAGAUGGCAAAGAGUAUAUGACAUCAAGGACCUCGCAGAACUAGCUGCUCCUGAUCGCGUCGACUCUUAGGUUGGUGUGUCAGGCCCUCUCCCUUUCAACACCACUUCGCCGAAGGAUCCAGACUAGAGUGAGGCUUGAUCCUACUGGGGAACACAAACAUACUUGUACAGGACGCCACAACAACCCCUUUUGCAGGCCGGUUACUACGUCUGACCCUUGGAAACCAAAACAUUAUGGCUGGAGAUCGUAUCGCUGCCUCUUUGGCGGCCAACCCCCAUAGUGAUCGUGGUGACAAGAAGAGAGUUGUCACCCUCGGCAACGUUCGUCUUCGUGAUCAGGACACGAACGAGAUCAUCCUGAUCCCGACACCUUCUUCUGACCCCAAUGAUCCCCUCAACUGGCCACAAUGGUACAAGUACUAUAUGGCGACCGUCAUCUGCUUGGCCAUGAUGAUUUGCAACUUUCUGGCGGCAGGGCCCUCGAUUGCCAUGGUCAACAUCACCAUGGAGUUCUUCGUUGGUGCCCAUCCAGGAAGAAACCCCAAGCUCUUCCACGAAGCUGUAGCCAAGGUUGCGUACUUUUUCACCACCUGUGCUCUCAUGCAGGGUAUUGGAAACUUUUUCUGGGUCCCUGUUGCCAACAAAUGGGGACGCCGGCCGACUUAUGUCUUUAGCUAUUUGAUCUACUUUGCCUCUGCUGUCUGGCUUUGCUUCGAGCGCUCCUACGGCGGGUUUCUUGCCGGCCGUGUCAUCAUGGGCUUUGGUGCCGGUGCUGCCGAGACAAUCGCCCCCAUCACCAUCGCCGACAUCUUCUUCCUCCACGAGCGAGGUACAGUCAUGGCUUUAUACAGCUCCUUUCUCGCUGUGGGUGUAGCCAUCGGUCUCAUCAUCUCAGGCGUCAUCACAAUCGACCACCACUGGCGUGUAAUCUUCCAAGUCGCCUCCGCCCUUGUCGGCCUCGUCCUCCUCAUCGCAUUCUUCGCCUUUCCCGAAACAGCCUACAUUCGUGAGACCCCUUCCAACAGCGACGACGACUCCUCCACCGGCACCCCCAACCAACGCUCCUCCACAGAAAAGAACCCAACUGCCACCAUCUCCGACCCUGAGUCCCGCCGUGUUGGCAGUUCCCCCCUCCCAAAGAAAGCCUCCUACCUCUCCACUCUCAAAAUCUUCCACGGGACCAUCACCCACGAGUCAUUCUUCAAACUGACCGUUCGUCCCCUCGGUCUGGUUUGCCUCCCCCCUGUCCUCUGGGCUGCCCUUGUUGAAGCCGCCACCAUUGGGUUUCUGGUUGCUAUGACAUCCAAUGUUGAGAUCGCCUACGAAGCAACCUACAGAUUCAAGUCAUGGCAGGUAGGCGUCUGCUUUGUCUCUGCUUUGGUCGGUUCGCUGGCAGGUAUACCGCUUGGUGGAUGGUGGGGAGACAAAGUAGCGGAUUACUUCACCAAGAGAAACAACGGGAUUAGAGAUCCGGAAAUGAGACUGCCGGCGAUGAUACCUGCCAUGAUCACCGCGCCGUUGGGGCUGGUGAUUUUUGGGGUGGGGAUUGAGAAGGGCUUGCAUUGGAUGGUGCCAAAUUUGGGGAUUGCGUUGUUGAAUUUUGCUAUUGUUCAGGGAACGAAUGUGGCGCUGGUGUAUGUCAUUGAUGCUUACCGGCCUGUGGCAGGGGAGAUCACACUUGCGGUCAUGGGAUUCAAGAGUUUGUUUGGGUUUUUGCUGUCGUUUUAUACGAAUACUUGGGUGCAGCAGGCGGGCUAUAUGAAUGCGUAUGGGACGAUGGCGGCGAUCUCGGCGGCGGUGUUGGUUUGCUGGGUGCCGUUGUAUUUCUGGGGGAAGACGAUUAGGCAUGUUACUUGGGGUUGGCCGGUGAUUGGGUAUAUUCAUUGGAGUGAGGAUCGGGAGGUUGGUGAGUGAGUGCUUCCAAGACAGCAGAUCAGGUACCUGCGUACAAAGAGACCAGGAGCAAUGUCGCUUCUAAAAUGUGUGGUUUGGAUUCAGUAGCUUCGAGAUUAAGAAGGUAAACAGAUUGACUGAGUAUGGCCGAUGAGGUUAUUCUCUCAUUCAACUCGACAAGUUGGUGGUGAAGUUGAAGCUUGCUUAAGGUAGUGAACUCAUGCCUUUCCG